UUACUAUAUGAAGAAUGUAGAAUAAAUGCAGAAUUCUUUCAUGUUGUUAAAUGCGUUGAACCAAUAAAAACAAUGGUUAAUGAAGUAGAAGAACCUUAUAAUGAUAAUAGUGACACUGAACUAGAGUAUGCAGUUUGUCAAGUAGAAGUAAUAGUUGGAAAGAAAUGUGAAAAAACCUAUAAGGUUAGUAUAUCCACUAGUAAUUGCUCUGAACAUCUUGCAAAUAUUCAUGGGAUAACUAAAGAGCAAGAGGAAGCUGAUGUUGUAAGUGAUGCAAAUCGAAAUCAGAACAUUGUAAAAGCAUUUUCCAAAAAAACUCAUCAUCAAAAAUUACGUCAGCUUGAAUUAUGUCAAUAUUUUGCAGAUUGGAUUAUAUGUGGCUCUCAGCCACUUACU